AUGGCCCUGUCAGUGCCUGAUGUUCACAAGGAAAAGUUCGCGGCUCAACUAGCUGGUUACUUCUAUGAGCUGAGCACGAUUCGGUUCGAUCGGAUUGGAAGAGUUUUGCGCUCCGACGAGUCAUGUCAAUUCGAGCUCUCACCCUUCGACCUCGCAGGGUUCUCCACGCAAAUCGAGCCCCUGUCCACUUCAUUGGAAUUCUUCUACUAUCUCCGCAAAGGGCAAACCAAUGCAAUCCUCAAAGCCCACCAUGGAGAACCGGAGUGGGAGGCGGCAGCCUGGCUCUUAGAACAGUCGGCUCCAAUGAUGACCACGGAAGAAAACAUCCGUGGCCCAUUCCCGCUAUGCCACAUCGACUUCCAUUACCACAACGUCCUCGUGGAUCAGGACUACAAUAUCACCGGCUUGCUGGACUGGAGCAAUGCUCAAACGGUUCCUAUUGAGAGAUUUGCCAUCAUCCCGGAAUUCGUCGCCCCGCCAGCUGCGCCCGUGGAAAGCAAAGAAGCGAUCGGCAGAUUCCGUCAGAUGUUCGUCGAUGCAUUGCAGAGAGUUCAUAUCGAGAAAGACGGGCUACCAUCGGUCAGCAGUACAAUUUUAUCACGUCUGUUUGCAUCGCCUAGAUCAGACCUCGUGGUCCGAUGCACAUACAGCUUUCCUUGGAGAGCGAUUUUUGAUGCCAGACUCGCAUUGCCUUUGAUGUAUGGUCAAGGUGCUCAGUGGACGGACUUUCAGAAAUAUCACGCAGAGCGUGGUAUUCGCGACUAA